AUGGAUUCCCUUCCAGACGAGAUACUGCUCUCCAUUGUAUCUUUACUCGAACCCUCGGAAUUAGUGAACGUCCAAUUCGUAUCCCACAGAUUCCUUCGUCUCUCCCGCGACAGCAAUCUCUGGAAACGAAUAUGCCACGAACAUUCUACUUCAGAGCGCCGGCGCAAACGGCUCCAGAUAUUUCCAGACCACGCCGAUCCCGCGAUCGUGGAGCUUCUCAGAGCUGUAGAUACCUAUGGUGGAUCCUGGACUAACGAACGCGAUCCUCUCGUCUCGAGCGAAGAAUUGCAACUGCAUAGGAAUCAGGGCAAGAAAAAGGCGGCGUUGCUGGCGAUGUGGGACCCAUCAUAUUCAGAUGAAAAGGUGGACUGGUAUCAGGACUUCAUACAGAGACAUGCGCCGCAUAAGAUAAGUUGGUUCCAGAGCGCACGGCACGGCCAUCACGAUGACGGGUUACAUCAUGAGGCUACGGGAGCUGGGAUACUGUACGAUGAUGGAGGCCUUGCAGACAUGUUGAUCGCGCCGUUGGAGGAUGGCAGUAUCAGCGUUUGGGACGCCUCGGGCAGCUCGAAGAAGAGGGGCGGUAUCAUCGCGCGGAGUGCGGUCGGGCUUCUCCCUGGAAAGGGUCCAGAUCUUGAUUUCGAUACACGGAUUCGACAAAGCCAGGCGAUCAUGACAGAGACGGGGGCAGUGGAAUGCGUGAGCAUCGAUAGUAGACAGAAGAAGGGAUUCUUCGCGGUGCAGAACACGCUGAACGAAGUCGAUCUACGGACGUUGCAAGUCAUCUCCAAGACGCCGUAUCCUUUCCCAAUCACGGCGCUGUCAGAGAGUCGUCAUCCGACUCCUCUCACGGUGGGAACAAAUUGGACUCUUCAUCUUCACGAUACCCGCAAACCGCCUUCCACACAAACUACCGCCCGUACAGAACUCAUCGGCGGCGCCGCUUCUCCUGGCAUCCAAACAGGCGAUUUCGGCGGACACGUCUCGCUGUCCCAGCCCGGCGCCCUCUCCAUUCUUCACCUCCCCACGGCCCGAGAAUGGGACGGCAAUGGCGAUAUAUGGGUAGGAGGGCGCUUCACCAGCAUGCUGAACUUCGACCGCCGGUACUUCCCACGACUCCGCGGCACCGUCCACUCGGGAGCCCGACUAUCCUGUCUCACCGCGAUUCCCCACCCCUUCAUCCCCAGAAACCUCCGCCACAAUUACGUCGCCCAAUACAAGCCCACCCUUCUGCACGCCGCGAAGACAACCCCAGGCUACACCCUCAUAACCGCCGGCGAAUACAAAGGCAAAGGCGCCCUCGAACAAUACAGCCUCUCCAGCUCACCCGCUCGCUCCAUCAACUCCUCCCCCUCCUCCUCCUCUGACUCCCCGACGCCCAAGAGCGACAUCAGAGGCGAAUGCCACUACCAAAACCGGCAAACAUGUUCGAGCUCCAAGCUCCUGUCCGUCGCCGCCCACGGCACCCGCCUCGUCUUCUCCGACGGCGAUGGAAACCUAAAGUGGGUCGAGCGCGACGGGUCGACGCCCGUCCGCGAAUUCAACAUCAACGGCGACGAGCAGGCCCGCAGCGGCGGUAGCGGCGGCGGCGGCCGUCCGGAGAUGGAAAGCGGAUGGGGCGAGAUCGUGCAGAAGAUCCUGCCGACCGUCAACCCGUCUCUGCAUCACGAGCGCACGGCGAACGUCCCGCUCGGCGAGGACAACCUGGUCGUCUGGACGGGCGACGGGAGGUUGGGUACGGUUGGGUUCGGCAGCGAGGCGUUUGAUGCUGAGGGUGCGGCGGAGGCGGCGGCGGAGGCGGGGCUGCGCGAGGAGGAGGUGCGGCUCAGGGAGAGGGAGAGGGAGUAUGGGGCUGAGAUGAGGAGGGCGCUGGAGCAUCAGAGUAGGGAGUUGAGGUGGUUGAGGGGGUAUGGGUUGUAA